AUGGAACAAAUAAUUUAUGAUAAAUUAAAUCUAAGAACUGAUUUACCUAAUACUGAUCAUAAACCAUAUUUAGAUACGAUUAUAAAAGAUUAUUUAACAUGGCAUUCAACACAACUUCGUCUUAUUCAAUUAUGUCAACGUUUUCCUCGUUUAAAACCAUUUUUAAUAGCAUUAAAUAAAUAUGGUUCACAUUUAAAAGAUAUUCUUAGUGAAGAAAAAAAUGGUUUAGAUAUAUUUGUUGAAGACGAUGAAAUUGGAGAAACCUUUCGACAAAUUAAAACUCUUAUAAACAAUUCAUUUGAAAAUUAUCGAUUAUGUAUAUUAUGGUUAACUGAUAGUGAUUGUUCAGAUGUUUUACCUAUUCUUGAUCUUCUUCUUAAUUUAUCACAACAAACAGGUUUAUUAAUUGAUUUACAUUAUGCAGAUUCUGAUCCAACACAACUUGCAAAUGCUCAACAAACAUUUAAUACACAUCUAACUAAUCAAACGAAAAAUUUAUCUAUUAUUUAUGAUGAAACAAUUGAUUUAUAUGAUAGUAAAACACUUGAAAAAAUACCAUUCGAAUCAUUUGAUAUGAUAUUUUCUUCCAAUCAACUUCAAGCAAAUCAAGAUUUAACAAAUUCUUUAAUUGAUCUUCGUUGUUUACUUGUUCCUAAUGGUCUUCUUUUAUUACUUGAACUAGUUCAUAUUCCACUUUAUUUUGAUCUUAUUUUUGGUUUUAUUGAUCAAUGGUGGUCAUUAUCUGAUGAUGAUAAUAAUCGUGCAUUAAAGAAUAUUCAACAAUGGGUGAUAUUAUUAAAACAAAUCGAAGGAUUUAGUAUUAUUGAAUCAACAACAAAUCAAAAUGAAAAUAUUUUUUGUUUUGGAAUAUCAGUUUUAUUAACUACUUAUAAACAAGUAUCUAUUAUUUUUGCAUGGCAACUUGAUCAAGUAUUAUUGAAUGAAAAUAAUCAUGAUUUAGUAUUUAAACAAAAUGAAGAACUUAUAUGUGGAACAUUAUCAUGUAUUCUUCAAACAAUUCAAAAAUCAUCACCAUAUUUUUAUCCAUUUGUAUAUGUUCUUACAGAUCAUGCUCAAUUUAAUAAUGAUUCGAAUCUUAAUAUAAUUCCAUUACCAUUUAUUGGCCUUGCACGAAGUUUAAUAACUGAAUAUGAACGAAAUCGAUUAAAACUUAUUGAUCUUCGAACAUCAUUAAAUAAUAAAUUAAUAUUUAUUCAUAGUUUAAUAGAAUAUAUGAUUAAUUCAAGAUAUUCAACUGAUACUUGUGAAGUUGUUCUUCGUCUUAAUGAUACAAAUCAAAAUGAAGUUCAACAUUUAACAUGGCAUUAUGAAAUGUUACAAAAUAAUGAUGAACAAAAGAAAUCUAAAUACGAACAAAUACCCAUUAUUCCUAAACGAGAUGCAGAUCAAAAACCAUUUCGUCUUUGUGUACCACGAUCUUGUUUUCUUUCUGAAUUAACAUGGGUCGAAGAAGAUAGUGAAGAAGAACUAUUACCAUCAGAUAUGGUAGACUGA